AGGCCCAAUGUUUGCAUGGAGCAGGAGGUGAUGCUGGUCGCCCAGAGGCAGCCGUGCGUGCAGGCUUUCACACGCAUGGUUAAAGUGUGGAAGCAAGGCUGCGUGGGACAGUCGUGGUGCAUGGGAUACGAGAGGAGGACGGCGUACUACACGGCGUACAGACAAGUGUACCGGCAGGAUUCUCACACUGUCUACAAGUGCUGCCAUGGAUGGUCUCACCUCAAUGGAGAAGCAGGUUGCCUUUAUCCUGUGUGUAGCUACGGCGUGUGCUUCAACGGCGGCCAGUGUCGCGAGGGAUCCACCCAGCUAUGCGACUGUCCUGCAGGGUUCAACGGGCCCAGCUGCCAGUAUGAUGUGAACGAAUGCGAGGAGACCAACGGCGGAUGCGAAGCGCUUUGCUGCAACACCAUUGGAAGCUUCUACUGCCGAUGUCCUACAGGACUCAAACUGAGCCAAGAUGGCAAAAGCUGUCGAGAUAUUGAUGAAUGUCAGGUUCACAAUGGCGGCUGCCAGCACAGAUGCGUUAACACCAGGGGCUCCUACUACUGCGAAUGCCAGAUGGGAUCCCGCUUGCAUGUGGAUGGACGCACGUGCCUUUCCGUCCACUCUUGCGCCCUCAGCAACGGUGGCUGUGAACACUUCUGCACCCAGCAGUCUGCCGCUCACUUCCAGUGCCGCUGUAAGACCAACUACGAGCUGACAGAGGAUGGCAAACAUUGCAAAUUGCAGAAUCCCUGCGGCGAAAACAACGGCGGCUGCAUGCAUCGGUGCCGGGCCGACGGCAGCAACGCGCACUGCGAAUGCAGGGCGGGCUUCGUUCUGGCCGAAGACGGGCGGACGUGUGAAGAUGUUGACGAGUGUCAGACAGAAGAGACCAACUGCGCUCACGGCUGCCACAACACGCCGGGCUCCUUCGCCUGCAUUUGUAACGCCGCCUACGAGCUUGGAUCGGACGGCAAACAGUGUUACAGAAUCGAGAUGGAGAUCGUGAACAGCUGCGAGAGCAACAACGGCGGCUGCUCGCACCACUGCCGGCGUUCCAACAGCGGCCCAGUUUGCACCUGUAACCAAGGUUACCGCCUCCAUGACGACCAUAAAACCUGCGUUGACGUGAACGAGUGUGGCCAGCGGAGCUCCUGCUGCCAGCAGAACUGCGCCAACUAUCCCGGAGGCUACGAGUGCUACUGCUCAGCGGGCUACCGCCUCAGCUCAGAUGGAUGCAGCUGUGACGACAUCAACGAGUGCCUGUCAGCUAACGGCGGUUGUGAUCACGCGUGUCAAAACAACGACGGCUCCUACCAGUGCUUUUGCCGACGCGGCUUCCGUCUGGACGAGGACCGCAUCUCCUGCAUCCCUCUGGACAAUGCAAUUGAAGCCCUGUACAGCGGAGGUGCCGCCGAGUUGCCUCUGAUUCGCCCCCAGCUCACAUUAAUGCACGGCUCCAGCCAACCUCUGGAGCGCUACGACGAGUACGAGGAUGACGAGGGCAACGAGGGCGAGUUGAGGGCCGAGAGCAAUCUCGCCGAGAAGUUUGUGUGUUUGGACGACACUUUUGGGAACGACUGCAGUCUGACGUGUGACGACUGUUCCAACGGAGGCAAGUGUAACGCCUGGAAGAACAGCUGCGAUUGUCCAGAUGGGUGGACGGGAAUAAUCUGCAACCAGACAUGCCCAAAAGACCAUUUUGGCCACAACUGCUCCUUCCCCUGUAAGUGUAAGAACGAUGCCAGCUGCGAUCCCGCUACCGGGAGCUGUCGCUGCCCGCCGGGCGUGAGCGGGGAGCUGUGCCAAGAUGGCUGUCCGAAGGGCUUCUAUGGGAAGCAGUGCAACAAAAAGUGUAACUGCGCCAAUAACGGACGCUGUCAUCGCACCUAUGGAGGCUGCUUGUGUGACCCCGGACUCUAUGGACGCUUCUGCCACCUCCCUUGUCCAAAAUGGACUUUCGGUGCCGGCUGCUCUGAGGAGUGUCACUGCAUCCAACACAACACUGUGGAGUGUCACCGUCGUUACGGCACGUGUGUGUGCAAACCCGGUUACCAAGGCGACGCCUGCAAGGAUGAGUGCAGCCCGGGCACAUACGGCAGCGGCUGUGAAAAGAAGUGCGCGUGCCCGACCGGGGUGUCAUGUGACCAUGUGAGUGGGGAGUGCCAGCGAAAGUGCCCGGCGGGUCGUCACGGCGACGGUUGUGAACAAGACUGCCCCGAAGGAAACUUCGGAGCCGGCUGCGUGCAUCCUUGUAACUGCACCGGCGCCCCCUGUGACAAAGUGACAGGAAACUGCAGGUGUCCCUCUGGCACUACUGGGGAGCGUUGUGAGAACGUGUGUCCGGAGGGUUUUUGGGGUGUGGGCUGCUCAGAAGGCUGCCCCGUUUGCGAGAAUGGCGGCGUGUGCGAUAAACACAACGGCUCAUGUAACUGUGCCCCCGGCUUCAUGGGAACCCUCUGUCACAACUCAUGUCCCAGCGGCCGUUUCGGUCGAGGUUGCCAGAUGAAAUGCGUGUGCGAGAACAAUGCUCGUUGCGAUGCAGUGAGUGGGCGGUGCACCUGCGCACCCGGCUGGACCGGCCACGACUGCAGGAAAGCAUGCGACACGGGCCACUGGGGGGCGGACUGCACGGAGAACUGCGACUGUCAAAAUGGAGACGGUAGCUGUGACGCGUUGACGGGCCAGUGCAACUGUGAGGCUGGUUACACUGGGACUCAGUGCCAUGAGAAGUGUCCAGGGGGAAUGUUCGGUCUGGGUUGUCGUCAUCGGUGUCAGUGUGACAAUCAGGCAUUGUGCGACCACGUGAGCGGCGCGUGCACCUGCCAGGUGGGAUGGACCGGAACCUUCUGCGAAAAGCCGUGUCCUCAGGGCUUCUUUGGACUGGACUGUCAGAAGAAGUGUGCGUGUCAUAAUGGCGGCCGCUGUGAUGCGGUCAGCGGCCUUUGUUCGUGUCCCAGUGGCUGGAUCGGACCGUUCUGCAACCAAACGUGUCCGAGCGGUUUCUACGGCGACGGCUGUAACCUGACCUGCGGUUGCCGUAACGACGGCGUCUGCCACGCAGCCAGCGGGCUGUGCGUGUGCACGCCGGGCUGGAUCGGCCCCGACUGUGCACAAGAAUGCCCGGCGGGGUUGUACGGCGCCGACUGUCAGCACCGCUGCUUGUGUCACAACGGGGCCACGUGCAAUAAAAGCAGCGGAAAGUGUUCCUGUUCUAGCGGCUGGACAGGAACCGCCUGUGAGCUGGAGUGCGUGGCGGGGCGCUUCGGAGCCGACUGCCGACGUGAGUGCGAGUGUGAGAAUGGCGGCCGCUGUGACAGACAGACGGGACGCUGCAGCUGCGCCGGCGGAUGGACGGGAGAACGCUGUCACAAAGCGUGCGACCCGGGCACGUUUGGACGCGAGUGCAAGGAGACGUGUCAGUGUUUGCACGGGGCGUCGUGCCACCACGUCACAGGCGACUGUCAGUGCCCGCCCGGCUGGAGAGGAAAACACUGUGACAAAGCCUGUCUGCCAGGUUCUUUCGGGCCAGGCUGCAUGCGGCGCUGCAGCUGUUCUUUGGGCACUUCCUGCCACCACGUGUCAGGCGAGUGCGGCUGUCCGGCAGGACUCACUGGCAGCGGCUGCGAGAAAACUUGCUUCCCUGGAACCUUCGGUCCAAACUGCAAUGAGGUUUGCCGGUGCUCUCAAACCAACCAACUGUGCCAUCCGGUGUCAGGCUCUUGCUACUGUGCGCCGGGCUUCCGCGGGCCCAAAUGUGACCAAACAUGUGCAGCGGGUCGUUACGGCCCAAACUGCGAGCGGGCGUGCGAGUGCGAAAACGGCGGCGUGUGCGCGCCGUCCGGCGGCGCCUGUGAAUGUCCCGCAGGAUUUAUCGGCGCUCGCUGCAACACCACGUGUCCCGACGGCCGCUACGGAACGGACUGCGCUCAGGUGGCCCCCUGUGAGGACGGAGCCCGAAACCACCCGGUGACCGGUUGCUGCGCGUGCCCGCCCGGGCGAAUGGGAGAGCGCUGCGCACACGGUUGUCCUCCAGGCCGGUUCGGCUCGGGCUGCGUUCGGCGUUGUAACUGCAGUAACGGCGCCACGUGCCACCCGGCAACGGGCAACUGCACGUGCGGCCUGGGAUGGACGGGACAACACUGCGACACGGAAUGCCCGGCGGGCACAUUUGGCGCCGACUGCCGGCUGACGUGCGAGUGCGAAAAUAACGGCACGUGUGACCGAGUGAGCGGCGCCUGUCGCUGUGCGCCGGGUUACUACGGUCAUGUGUGUGAACACGCGUGUCCGGCGGGUUUGUACGGAGCGCGGUGCCAGCUGCAGUGCGACUGCGCGGCCGGAGCUUUCUGCCAGCCGGCGUCCGGCCGCUGCGUUUGUCCGGUCGGGCGUCACGGCGCUCGGUGCCAGAAAGUGUGUGAAAAAGGGACGUACGGGCGCGGCUGCGCUAACGUGUGUGACUGCGAGCGCGGCGCUCCGUGUGACCAAGUCACGGGAAGAUGUCUCUGUGCGCCGGGAAGGACCGGAGACAGAUGUGAGCUCGAGUGCCGAGAGGAUCGCUUCGGACCCGACUGCACUCAGAGCUGCGAAUGCCAGCACGACGCUCGCUGCAACCCGCGCAACGGCCGCUGCAGCUGCAUGCACAUGUGGAUCGGAGUCUUCUGUCAGGAAGGGGGACCUUCACUCUUUGACCCGGGAAGCUCUACGCAUGAAAACUCCUUAUAGCGCCCCCUCAUGGUGGACUGCAGAUGUUUGUUUGGAAGCUGGAUGGAAGAGAUCCACGUGGAAAGAGACUGAUGAGAUUCCACUCCAGGAAACGAGCUUUAAGAAGUGGAACAAAAAAAAAAAAACCAAAGCAAUAAAAAAAAAAAACUUUUUUUUUUUUUUACUGCACAUUGGUAUUUUGUUUACUAUUUUGCCCUUGAAAUAACUUUUGCAACUACUGUAAAAAGAUAUUUUUUUUGUACUGAAACUUGCUGCCAUGUGUUGUCGUUAUUUGCAAUUACUAUGCAACUUUUCACUGCCAUCAAUGUAAACUGUCCUCAUUUUCAAACACUAAAA